AUGGCAACUCCCAAUGGAGAAGCAGCCCAGAGGCUCGCAUCUGCCAUUAGCAAGCAGGGUCUGGACAGGGAGGCACCAGCUACAUUGCAUAGGGUUAAUAGAAGACAGCAGGAACCGAUUAAGUGUGAGAUCCCUCUAGAUUCUGACCACUUGGAAAUGAAGUUUACGUUAACCCCACAAGGGAAACACUGUAAUUAUCCAGUAAUAAAACAUGGACGGCUAUAUCAUUCAUACAGAGGACGCUUUCCAGCACGUGUAAAUCAACAGUUUCUCUAUAACUGUGAUCAGAAUUUUGUGUCUCCUUCACAAUAUUCCUCAGAUUACCUGACUUGCACAGCAGAAGGAUGGUCUCCAGAAGAACCAUGCCUCAGAGAAUGUAUUUUCCAUAAUUUGGAAAACGGAUAUAACCCAAGUAGUGAAAAAAAAGUUCUACAGGGUGAAACUGUAAGGGUUCGCUGCUAUCAUGGCUACAGUCUUCAAAAUUAUCGGAACAUAAUGACCUGCACAGAGAGUGGCUGGUCUCCUCCUCCCAGAUGCAUCCGUGUCAGUGAAUGGCCUGUGGGACAUCUAGAAGCCAACCGGUCCCCGUGGGUCUGUGAGAAAGCACACGAAUGUGAGCAUUUGGCAUUGCCCCAGGGAAGCAGCCAGAAAACUGUUGGCACAGAGACUGUCUUUGCUGCGUUGAUAGAAGCAUACGAGCUUCAGAAUUCUCUCCUAGGAGGAAUUGGGUACAUGGGACAGGUGUGUCCUAAAAAAGGUCUGAAAAAGUCUCAACAUCCCUAUCAGUGUGACAGUAUACUUCCCUCCCCAAAAAGAGAAUGCAGUAUUCCUGAAAUGGAUACAUAUUUAAAUGCUUACCCCAGGAAAGAAACAUUUGAAGUUGGAGAUGUGCUGAAAUUCUCCUGCAGCCAAGGUCGAAUUAUGGUUGGAGCAGAUUCAGUUCAGUGCUACCACUUUGGAUGGUCCCCUAGACUUCCAACGUGUAAAGUAAGGAAAGUAAAAUCGUGUGCUCCACCUCCUCAACUUCUCAAUGGAAAAGGGAAAGAAAUACACAAAGAAGAAUAUGCACACAAUGAGGUCGUGGAAUAUGCUUGCAACCCCAGAUUUCUGAUGAAGGGUUCUCAUAAAAUUCAGUGUGUUGAUGGAGAAUGGACAGCUUUACCUGUGUGUAUUGAGGAGGAGCGUACCUGUGGAGAUAUACCUGACCUUGAUCACGGCGAUAUCAAGCCUUCUGUCCCUCCCUAUCACCAUGGAGACUCGGUAGAGUUCAGUUGCAGAGAAGCAUUUACAAUGAUUGGACCCAGAUUUAUCACGUGUAUUAGUGGAGAGUGGACCCAGCCUCCUCAGUGCAUUGCAACAGAUGAACUUAAGAAGUGUAAAGGGUCAACAUUAUUUCCACCUGAGGGAAAACCAGCAUAUACGAUUGAAUAUGACCAUAACACCAACAAAAGUUACCGAUGUCGAGGAAAAUCAGAACACAAACACUCAAUCUGUAUAAAUGGAGAAUGGGAUCCUAAAGUAGACUGCAAAGAAGAAGCACAAAUACAAACAUGCCCACCUCCACCUCAGAUUCCCAAUGCUCGAGAUAUGACAACUACUGUGAAAUAUCAGGAUGGAGAAAAAAUAUCAAUUCUAUGUAAAGAAAAUUAUUUAAUUCAAGAUGCAGAAGAAAUUGUGUGCAAGGAUGGGAGAUGGCAGUCAAUCCCACGUUGUAUUGAAAAAACUGGAUGUUCUCAACCACCUCAUAUAGACCAUGGAACCAUUAACUCAUUUAGCUCUGCAGAAGAAAGGAGAGAAAUACAUGAACAAAGGCUGUAUUCACAUGGCACGAAGUUAAGUUAUACUUGUGAAGAAGGCUUCGAGAUAUCUGAAAAUAAUGUGAUAAUAUGCCACAUGGGAAAGUGGAGCUCUCCACCUCAGUGUGUAGGACUUCCCUGUGGACUUCCACCUUAUAUUCAGAACGGUGUUGUAUCUCACAAGAAAGACAGUUACCAAUAUGGAGAAGAAGUUACUUACAACUGUGAUGAAGGGUUUGGAACUGAUGGACCUGCAUCUAUAAGAUGUUUAGGGGGGCAAUGGUCUCGUCCACAAGAUUGCAUAAGCACAAAUUGUGUUAACUUGCCCACCUUUGAUGAUGCUGUACUCAUAGAUCGGGAGAAAGAUUCCUAUAAGUCAGGAGAACAAGUGGCUUUUAAGUGUCUAUCAUAUUAUCAGUUGGAUGGAGCUAAUACUAUACAGUGUAUUAAGGGCAAAUGGAUAGGAAGGCCAGCAUGCAGAGACGUUUCCUGUGUGAAUCCACCUCAAGUGGAAAAUGCUAUUAUACAAAAUCAGAAGUCUAGAUAUCAAAGUGGUGAAAGAGCACGUUAUGAAUGCGUUGGGAAUUAUGACCUUUUUGGGGAAAUAGAUGUCGUGUGUUUAGAUGGAACUUGGACAAAACCACCUCAGUGCAAAGACUCUCAAGGAAAGUGUGGGCCUCCUCCACCAAUAGACAAUGGAGACAUUACCUCAUUCCUGCAAUCGGUAUAUCCUCCAGGAAUGAUUCUUGAGUACCGGUGUCAGGCCUACUAUGAACUUCAGGGAAACAGAAACGUAGUAUGUCGGAAUGGAGAGUGGUCAGAACCACCAAAAUGCUUAGAGGCAUGUGUAAUUUCAGAAGAAACAAUGAGAAAACAUCACAUACAGUUAAGAUGGAAACACGAUAAAAAACUUUACUCCAAAGCAGAGGAUACUAUUGAAUUUAGGUGUCGAUAUGGUUAUCGUCCACGGACAGCACCAGAUACAUUUCGAACAACUUGUCGGGAAGGAAAGGUGGUGUAUCCUCAAUGUGGAUAG